AUGGGGGACACGGCUCCCCCCCAGGCCCCGGAUCUCGGGGCCGGUCUCCUGGGAGGGGGCUCGGUGGCCCCCCGGGUGCACAGCGCCAUCGUGGAGCGGCUGCGAGCCCGCAUCGCCGUCUGCCGCCAGCACCACCAGAGCUGCGAGGGACGCUACGAGCGGGGCCGGGCGGAGAGCUCGGACCGCGAGCGGGAGAGCACCCUGCAGCUGCUGAACCUGGUGCAGCACGGCCAGGGGGCCAGGAAGAGCGGCAAGCACAGCAAGGGGGCGGGCAGCGCCGGCCCGGCUCCCUCUGCCGCGCCGCCGGACUAUCACCCGCAGCUGCUCAGCAACGGGGCUGCUGGGGGCAGGAGUGGGAUCAACGGGGAGCAGCAGCAGCAGCAGCCGGGCUCAGCGGCCGACGGGGGGCAGAGGAACUCGGCCCUCAUUGCGCUCCAGGGCUCCUUGAAGAGGAAGUUGGUGGUAAAUCUAUCACCUGUUAACAACAAGAGACCGAAUGGUAUUUCAGAUAACUCUUUCCUUGAUAUUAAGAGGAUACGAGUGGGUGAUAAUCUUUCUAUGGGACAAGGCGGACAUGUUAACAAUUGCCAAAGCCAGUCAAUGUCAGGAACCUUGUCUGUGGGGCAAGGAUCACAAAGAAAGACCAGCAACCUAACAAACAAUACCCACUCUAGUGGGCAUAUAUUUAAUAUGCCUUUGAAAGAGGUCAAGAAAGAACCAGGAGAAACCAUAUCUUGCAGCAAACACCUGGAUGAUCAGAUGUCCCAUGAAAACAUUUUCCCUAACAGAUAUGGGGAAGAUACAGGGGAACAGAUGAUGGACCCAGAGCUUCAGGAGCUGUUUAAUGAACUGACUAACAUAUCGGUGCCACCAAUGAGUGACCUUGAACUAGAAAAUAUGAUCAACGCCACCAUAAAACAAGAUGAGCCGUUUAACAUUGAUCUUGGGCAGCAAAACCAGAGAGGCGCUGCUAGAGCUUCUCUGCAGAUGGAGAAAAUAGUGAUAAAGAGUGAAUAUUCGCCAGGCUUGAAUCAGGCACCUGUGGGUUCCCCUCAAAUGAGGCCUUCUUCUACAGGACCAGCCUUCACUAUGUCCAGCGCUGCCAUGUCCACCUCUUCACCAAUCCCUUCGGUGCCUCAGAAUCAAGCACAGUCGUCGCAGGUCUCUUCUGUCUCAAAUCGACCAUUGACUAACUGGCAAGAAGUAUCUCACGCCCAGCAGCUAAAACAAAUAGCAGCCAACCGACAACAGCAUGCCUUGAUUCAGCAGCAGCAAAACCAGCCAUCCAGCUGGCCCACCUUGUCCCCAUCAGGCCCUUCCCCAGGACAAUUCGUACAAGAGAAAAUUCCCAGCCCUUCCUUUCGUCAGCAGCAGUUCAGCCCCCAAAGUUCAGCCAUGCCUGGGGUACCUGUCAAUGGGAAUCAGUCCAAAGCAAUGAAUAACUACAUCUAUAAACCAAAUGCCACAACCCAGAGCAGCCCCAUUGACAUCAUAAUGCAACCAAAGCCUCAGGAUCUCAAUAGAAACUUUAUAAACAACACUCAAUCACCACUAGAGCAGCAUCAUGGCAACACAAAGCCUUUGUGUCAUUUUAACUCAGAGCAAACUAACCAGCAGAUGCCUUCAGUUUUGGGAUCCCAAAGCAAGCCUUCUAUUCUGCACUAUCCUCAGCAGCUGCAGAGCCCUGUUGCAGUGCAACAGCAACAGCAGCAACCUACUCAACCUCUCCAAAACCAGCCUCUUCAAAGGCCACCAAACGUAUCCUUAGCAUUGCAGCAAAAGAUGAUACUUCAGAAAAUGCAGCAAAGCCAACAAAUCUCAGGACUGCAGUAUCCCGUCUCUCAACAGCACAGACAGGAUCAACACUCUGUGAUAGGCCAAGGUGCAGGCCCCAGUCCAAGUUCCAGUACUUGCUCAAAUCCAAACACUGGAAGUGGUUACAUGAACUCAUCCCAGCAAUCAACGUUGAAUCAGCAACUGAUGGAAAAAAAACAGGCGUUGCAGAGGCAGAUGAUGGAGCAAAAGCAGCAGCUCCUUCUGCAGCAGCAGAUGUUGGCAGAAACAGAGAAAAUCGCUCCUCAAGAUCAAUUGAACAGACACUUGACAAGGCCACCACCAGAUUACAAAGACCAGAGAAGGAAUGUGGUCAGCAUGCAACAAGCAAACCAGUAUUCUGGUGGUUCUCCGGCAGUGAGUAUGAGCUCCAGUCUGUCUUUAUCAAAUCCUAUUUCAACUCAUAGCAUUUUGUCACAGAAUUCUAGCCUUUUGUCAACUCCCCAUGGAACCAGAAUGCCUUCUAUUUCAGCAGCCCGGAACAUGGGCUGUUACGGAAACAUUCCUUGCAAUCCACCAAGCUCAUACAAUGUGACGUCAGGAAUGAACCAAGUGCAGCAACACAGAAACCAAAACCAAAUCAUAACCAGUCAAAAUAACCUCAUGAUGUCUCGCCAGCCAGCCCUGGCACAAGGAAACAACGUAACAGCUUUUGGGACUGGGUCAGCAGUUAACUCUCAGCAAGUGAGAGCAGGUUUAAACCACGGAGCGACAGGUAUCCCAGCACAAAGACCAUCGAAUGUGAUGAUCACUCCCAGUGCUGCUGCUCAGAACUGGGCCCCUCCAGAGGCAGCAACAAAGCAGCAGGAUGCACUGAAACCUACAGGAGUUCGUUUCCCAACGAGCACUCCAUAUCCUAACCAGUCUCUGCAGCGCUCCAUAGGCAACCCGCAGUUUCCUCAGCAUGCUAUGGCACCUCCAAACCAAUUAACAACAGCAGUGCAAAUGAGACCUCCUCUAAACCAAAUGAACCAAACAAUAAACGGACAACCUGUUGGAUCACUAAGAGGUUUAAGUGUAGGAGCUAGCCAGAUCAGAGCACAGACUGUGCCUAACCUGAAUCACCCAGGAACAAGUAUGACACCACCAUCAUCCCUGCCGUCAACCAGUUUUACAUCUACCAACCAAAACUCUAGGGCUUACCAAGGAACUGACCAUGGGAAUGACUUAGCCUUUGACUUUCUUAACCAGCAUGGUGACAAUAUAGGGCCUGCACUCAACAGUGAUUCAGACUUUAUAGACUCUUUAUUGAAAACAGAGCCUGGUAAUGAUGACUGGAUGAAAGACAUCAACCUUGACGAAAUCUUGGGGAACCACUCAUAAGAGACAAUGCCGAUGAUAAAACAUACAUGCUCUAAGUACUAAGAGGCAGGAUUGACUAUAGCUCUCUCUUUAAAGUCCAACAAUCUGCUUUAUUAAUUUACUCUCCAGUGGUUGGGCUGUUUAAGAACCAAUGGUUUAAAAUAAGGAUCCAAGUGGAGAGAUUGCUCUGUUUGAAGAGAUGGUCUAAGAACAAAAUCUGAUUCUAAAUCUUACCCCAGAUGAAAGUAUAAUGUAGGGUGAUAGUUAUAGUUGUCAAGCUAAAAACAGAUGAGGGGGUUUAUGGCCAACACAUUAGAAGUGCACCUGUUGUUCUCAUGGGAGCUGUCUGCAUUUGGCUUAGGAUGUUGUAUAACAUGCAUUCUGCAAACAGAGGUCCUGAACGGUGUGCAGAUCAUGAAACUUCAUGUCUCAGAUGCAAGUGGCCACCUCACUAUGGGCUUGACUCCAUGCAGUCCGGAGCAAAGAGCUCAGUGCUCUCCACUCUCAUUGAGAGUACUCAGUGCCUCCCAAAAUCAGGCCCUCUGUACAACUAAUUCUUGUAUGUUAUAAAAAUUGUUUACUUCUACAUUGUAGAAACUCUCAUUUUUCCUUUCGAUUGAUUUCAUUUUAAACCACCUAAGUUGUGUAGAAAAGGGCAAGUGGUUCCUUUCAAGGAAGGAGGAAAGCGGUUUGUGUGAGACACACCCCAGAGUGGUCGCUAGCUUUUACUCUCUCUCCUGGGAUUUGGUUUGUUGUAACAAGGGGAGGCUGUUUCUCCAAUAGGUAACAAAUUCGGUGUAGUUUCUGGUGUAAAUAUGCCAUCAGCCAUUCCAAAGUUCAAGGGCCAAAUUCUGCUCACUUGCUUGCACAGAUGGUGCCAGUGACUUGAAUGGACAUCUUGAGUGAGAUAGAGGUGGAAGAUUUGGCCCCAAAAGAAUACUUCCCCACUCCGUAUCUGAGUUCCACAUGUACCCAGCUAUUUGCUUCAUCCUUGCUCAAGCGCUGGGAUAUAUGUGCAUAUGGGAAGACUUCCAUUUUGAUUCAGUCUGACAACAUGCAGCGUGACUCCUGUGGAGAAUAUCCGUAGCUCUCUCAUUCACCAGUUCGAGGGAGUCAGAAGAGAGACACGCUUGAGCACUAAAAGUGCUGAUGACGGUUUGAUAGAUGCUCACUGUGGGCCAGAUUCCGAUGCCUUUACUCAGGUUGAGUCGACCCUUGCUCUCUGAGUUGUCCCUCUGAAACCCAGAUGUAUAGCUGAUGUAUUGAAAUAAAUGGGACUACUUGCAGAGUGAGAUACCCUUCAGCCAGAGUCAGGG